UAUGAUGUUGUGCCCAUUCAAUCCAGCGUUGUCAUCUGUACCUGCCCACAUCCAUCAAUGGUAAGAAAUCAGCCCGACUCCUGCUCGCCACUUGCUAUCCCAGGCGCAAGUAGCAGCCACUGUCCUAGCAUGGAUGGCCCCACCUCCGAGUCCCGGGCUCCGGGCAAGCCUGCCAGCCAGGGCUCCGAGCUCCGGCCGCAGCAGGCCCCUCAGCCACGCAAAAAGAGGCCAGAGGACUUCAAAUUCGGCAAGAUCCUGGGAGAGGGCUCGUUCUCAACCGUACGUAGCAGCAUUCCAUUUUACUUACGAAUUAGUCCCAGAUAGAUGUUGUUACAUGCACGCAUUCUUGUGGUCAUAUACUCCAGUGACUCAUCUUCAAUUCAUGCUAAUUGUACAGGAAUGGCUGAGUAGUUUCAAUGGGUUUUAAAUUAGCCUGGCACCUCAUUUACUAUGGUGAUGAAGUGGUCUACUGCUUAAGUUGUAGAAAUAUGAUAUUUUCUUCAAACAAUGUAUAUUUUUCUCUCUAGGUUGUCCUUGCAAGAGAACAGGCAACGGCAAAAGAAUAUGCAAGUAAGUUGAAAUGUAGCCAUUUGAUUCGAACUCCGCUUCCAUGUGUAAUACCUGUUUCUCUUCAAUGGUAUUUUGUCAGCUUUUUAAGGAUUGUCAAAAGUGCAAAGUUUCUGCUUAUCGUGUUUUCUUUUGUGCUGUGUUUACCCUCAACGUCACUGCUAACUUUUCUCUCUUCCAGUAAAAAUUUUGGAGAAGCGGCAAAUUAUGAAGGAGAACAAGGCACAGUACGUCAAACGAGAAAGGGAUGUGAUGUCAAACCUAGAUCACCCAUUCUUCGUCAAACUCUACUUUACAUUUCAAGAUGAUGAAAAGUUGUGUAUCCUUUAAUAAGAAGAGACCACGAUGACUCGGAGCCUGGCUGCAUCACCGACUUGUUUAGCAACUUAUCUAGUCUUUGUAUGAUUUUUAAAAAUGUUUUGUCUCUUGUUUGUGUUCCUUUGACGUGUCGUUUUCCUUAACAACUUGCUCUCAGAUUUUGGCCUUAGCUAUGCUAAGAAUGGAGAGCUUUUGAAAUAUAUUCGCAAAAUCGGUUCUUUUGAUGAGACCUGUACUAGAUUCUACUCGGCGGAAAUUGUUUGCGCGCUAGAAUAUUUGCAUGAGAAGGGGAUUAUUCACAGGUAAGAAAUGUCUGAACCGGUAAGCCUGUCAUAUGUUGCUGGAUAUUCUAAUUCAAUUUAUAUAAUCAAUUUUAACAUGAAAUGUACAAUAUUUGUGUGACUAACUCUACUUUUAAACUUGCUGCCACUGUUUACACAAAUGAGCCCUUCUUGCUAUGCCAUAUUCUGUUAUUGAAAAUGUAGGUUGACUAGGUUCCCUCGCAUUUGUUUCUUUUGUCUUUCAGAGACCUUAAACCUGAGAAUAUUUUACUGAGCGAAGACAUGCAUAUCCAAAUAACAGACUUUGGAACAGCAAAGCAGUUAUCUUCAGAUAGCAAACAAGGUAGAUGUGUAUAUACUUUUAUCAACAUGAAGCAAUCAUUGCCAUUUAUUGCUCCCUGAACAUCCCCAAUUUUAUGUUCUUACUUUAAUACCCAAAUUUGUUCUCUUUACAGUUUUGAUCAGUCACAUCAGGUGUGUUGUCUGAUUCAUACCCCCUUAUUGUUUUGCAGCGAGAGCGAACUCCUUUGUAGGAACUGCGCAGUACGUGUCUCCAGAGCUGCUGACAGAGAAAUCUGCCUGCAAGAGGUAACUGGGAUUCAAACACUGAGUACCUCUCACAACUCACUGGGUUUUCUUCUACUCCUUUGCAGUGUUGUGCCAAUGCAUUGUUUUCCCAUGCAGUUAGUGAAUGUCUGUCCUUACCCGAUAGGAUAUUAUAUUGAUAUCAACUGGUUGUGUGUUUCAGCUCUGACCUCUGGGCCUUGGGAUGCAUAGUCUAUCAGCUAGUGGCUGGGCUACCACCAUUCAGAGCUGGGUAAGUAGAGCACCAUGUCUGCUUGCGGCCUCUUUCACCUUUUUUGUUUUAGGCUUAUACUAAACUUGUGAUAAGAUAAUCUGGAUAUUAUGUUUUGUGGGGUUUCUCUUACAUCUACUUCAAACUGUCCUUUCUCUGGCUACCCCCCCCCCUGACUUCUGUGCUUACCUCUGGCCAGAAACGAGUACCUAAUAUUCCAGAAGAUAAUCAAGCUGGAGUAUGAAUUCCCGGAGAAGUUCUUCCCCAAAGCGAAAGAUCUUGUUGAACAGCUUUUGGUAGGUCUUGUUUUCAUCAAUAUACUCAAUGUAAUUCUGUAAUACGAGCACUGCAGAAUAGGAUUCUACAACAUGUUAUGGUGCAUCUCUCGAUCAUCCACAGACUGGUUUAAUAAAUUGUAGUAAGAUUUGAUUUGAAGGCUAUGGGUCAGUGUGUGUGUAUUAACAUGAUUCUGUUUCUCUCAGUCUCUGGACCCCUCCAAGAGAAUCGGUUGCGAGGAGAUGGGAGGGUACGACCCCCUGAGGGGACACCCGUUCUUCGAGACCAUCUCCUGGGGAGACCUCCAUGUGCAGACGCCACCCAAGCUCACCCCCUACCUGCCAGCCAUGUCUGAGGAUGACGAAGACUGCUAUGGAAACGUGAGACACUUCCACCCAUACAUAGAACUUGGCAACAUGAAACUGGGCCACCAUGUCUUAUUGGCUUGUGGUGAUUUUUUUGAAAGAAUCCUGUUCAUUCAUUGAAUCCAUAUAUUUGUGCCAUGCAAAAGCCCAUGUUAUAAUCCAACUAACCACGUUCUGCCCCCAUCUCCUGUGUUUCCACAGUACGACGACCUCCUGAGCCAGUUCAGCGGCAUGCAGGUGGCCCAGUCCAGCUCGUCCCACUCGCUCUCCACGCCUGAGACCAUUCCCCCAGCGCCACAGAGGUCCAGCAGCAACAUUGAGCAGUACAUCCACGACCUGGACAACAACUCGUUUGAGCUGGACCUGCUGUUCUCCGAGGAGGAGAAACAGCUGCUGCUGGACAAACAGACCAGUGGGAACCCCUGGUGAGCCCCACUGAGGAACUCUGUCCUAGUAAAAAAUAAUGUCAUUCGGUUUGAUCAUGAACAUUUGACGUUGGAAUGUACAUUGAUAGUUUUACAUGUUUUGUAAGGACUUUUUGUUUACAUUGCUUUUAUUUGCUUGGAAGUACUUGCUCAUAACCCUUACUAUUACUGGCUUACACAGGCACCAGUUUGUCGAGAAUAAUUUGAUCUUGAAAAUGGGCCCAGUGGAUAAACGGAAGGUGAGUGGAAGCCAAACUUUACAUCACAUCUCAGAGUUUUCAAAGUAAAUAAGUUCAUAAGUGUUGUCACUUUGAACUUACCAAAUGUUUAGUUGUUGACAAUGAGGAUCAAUGUUUGUGUAGUUUCACUUGUUAGAGCUGGAGAAAGCCGAUUCUAGGUCAGCAGCGAAGGGGAAUGCCACACUCUUGGAACUAGCCCCCUCUGGUGGUAAUCUCAUGCCAUGUUUCAUGACUCCAUUGCAGGGCCUGUUUGCGCGGAGGAGGCAGCUGCUCCUCACUGAAGGGCCACACCUUUACUACGUGGACCCUGUCAACAAGGUCCUGAAGGGGGAGAUCCCCUGGUCCCCCGAGCUGCGUCCAGAGGCCAAGAACUUUAAGACCUUCUUUGUCCACACGGUAAAUGUUAAAUGAAAUUAACGCUUAUUGAUGACACUGUAAUGACUGUAGAAAAUAUUGGCAAAAAGAAAGUUUGUAGCUUCAAACUGACAUUAUCACAAACCCUGGCCUCUUUUUUUGUUUGUUUUUUGUUUUUGACAAUAUCGACUUUCUCAGCUUUGGAUGUUUUUUUUAUUUUGAUCUUUGUUGGGAUUUAUUUACAGCCCAAUCGAACAUACUAUCUGAUGGAUCCCAGUGGAAAUGCUGACAAGUGGUGUAAGAAGAUCCAGGAGGUGUGGAGAAAGAUCUAUCACAAGCACCAAAAUCCUGGCCUAUAG